AUGGUGGAAGGUCAAUGCUUGGUAACGCCAGGAGACUCCUCGCAAUCACACUCUCUGCGUGAAAGGAUGGUGGUAGAGCAUGGGCGUCCCUUAUAUGUGCACCCAUCGGACACCUCGGGGUGCGUGCCUGCACCAGUGAAACUCACCGGAUCUGAAAACUAUGGAGUUUGGAGCAGGGCCAUGAGAAUCUCACUAUUGGCUAAGAAGAAAUUGGGCUUUGUAACAGGCAAAUGCACAAAGGACUCAUUUGAUGAGUCGCUUCAUGAACAGUUGAAGGAAAUGUGGAAUGAAUCUGAUGUGAUAGCCCCUUCUCCAAACUGUGGCUGUCCAAAAUUAAAGGACUACAUUGAGUACCUGCAACAGCAAAGGCUAAUGCAGUUUUUAAGCGGAUUAAAUGAGUCAUAUGAUCAGGCCAAGAGGCAAAUCUUGAUGAAGUCUACUGCAUCAACUGUGAAUCAGGCAUAUGCCUUGAUAGUGCAGGAUGAGAGUCAGUAG